AGUUACUCUUUAGGUUAAAUUGCAUCUUGUAAUAAACUUUUUGAGGGUUGUUCAAGUUUAUCCUGAAGCAGCAUUUCUCGAUGUGGUAUUCCCAUUAGUAGUUGAAACCACAGCAGUUUAUUUUUUUGUUGGAUAAAAAUAAUUGAUUCGUAGGUAAUCCAAGAGCUUCAUAGGUGGGAUUCUUUUGGCAAAGGAAAGUCGAGAGAAAGGGUGAUAGCUAUUCUAGCAAGUCUUCUGUGAGGAGUAGCACUAGGCUAGUGAGUUAUUAGAUUAGUCUCGAUUCCUCAAGGUUGUAGUAGCUGUAAUUGUAGUUGAAAAACCUCCCGUCCCGAGUGGGCUAAGUCCACAGUAAGCUGUAGUCGUGGAAGAUAACUAAUGACUACUAAUUUUGUUCAUUUUAUUGCAAGUUUUUAGACCUGCUACUUAGUUCCAGCAGCAGGAACAUGUUGUAGAAAUUGCAAUAUGUCCGAAUUGAUCAUUCAUGUUUUCCAUGAAGAGACCACACUCAUUUAAGAAAGUGCUAUUUGUAAGAUUAUCUCAACUCUUUAAGAGUUUGACAUUUGCAAGAUUAUCAUACCAAAUUGGCAACAUGGAGCUUCCAUUUUUUCGUACUGGCCCUUGAUAGUUUAAUAUGGAAUUAAGCUGUAUUUAUGGAGUCAUUUUGUCUCAAUCAAUCAAGCAUUAUGAGUUAUGGUGCAAUGUUGUUUCAGAAGUGAAUAUUGCAUAAAUUCUUUUUUUCAAUAUGUCUUUUAACUUGGAUUUUAUCUUGAAAUCAGUUAUCGUCUUACUGAUGAAACUGACUAGAUGAAAGAGCUAAGCUUCUUCCCUUUUUCUUUAAAUACAUAUUCUUUCGAUGCAACUUAUCUUAGCACCAACAAUAGUUUUGAACUUGUACAUAAUUGGGGUGAUAUUUUCUUAGCACAAUAGAACAAGUUAAUCAUGCUGGUUUUACGUGCCAAAAUCCUCCCAAGAUCUCUAUGGAAUUUGUAAAAUCCGCGCACCCACUGCUGGAAUAGUUUUUAACAUACUUAGGCCUAACGUACUCUCAUCUGGGAUUAGCUUAUUCAUAUUUUCUCUACCUUUCAGCAACUCCUAUGAAUUUAACUUUAUACGUUUUAUAUCUUGCCAAUCUGUUGAAAUCUGCUCCUGUGAUUGCCUUAGCUUUCCAUAAUUCACAACUAAUGUAUGCUUCUAUUUUCCUCAUUUGGGAUGGGUUUUUUUUAUAUGAAGUCGGGAUAAUUCUAAUGUCCGGUGUCUAAUGGAACAACAUAUGUGUAUUCUACCAUGACCAAAGCAUUACAAAUCUUGUGUUCUUUUCUCAUUUCUGCUUCCUUAUGUUUCUUUAGGGUCGACGGAGCUAAUGAUGAGUGCUUGUCUUUCAGGUUCUUUAUGAUUCAGCCUUGACUAAGAGAAUGCAGAUCUGAACUGUUGGUAGUCAGUGUUGGUUUUUCCUUGAUGAGUAUAUGUCGGUUAAGUUGGAUUGAGGGCUGACGCUUAUUUUGACAUUAACUACCUGCAUAUAUCGUAUGGAUGACAGCGGGAAUCGCGAUAAUGGAAGGCAUAAACCGCCUCAGGGUCAGUGGUUGAUGCAGCAUCAGCCAUCAAUGAAGCAGAUAAUGGCCAUCAUGGCAGAAAGAGAUGCUGCCAUACAAGAGAGGAAUCUGGCCCUUUCUGAAAAAAAGGCUGCCUUGGCAGAGCGUGACAUGGCUAUCCUUCAGCGGGAUUCAGCAAUAGCAGAACGAAAUAAUGCCAUCAUGGAGCGGGAUAAUGCCUUUGCUACACUUCAGUAUCGUGAAACCUCUAUGACUGCUGGUCAGAUUGUCCGUGGAGUGAAACAUAUGCACCAUCCUCAGCAACAUGUACAUCACCAGCCACAUAUGGGAGAACCAACAUAUAACCCCAGAGAAAUGCACAUGGUUGAAGCCAUACCAGUUUCCCAACCUGCUCCGGUGCCAGCAAAGCCCCGUCGAAACAAAAGAGCUAAGGAGCCAAAGGCAGCAACAGGUUCCAAGAAGACUCCAAAAGCAUCAAAGAAAGUAAAAAGGGAAACUGAAGAUCUUAACCAAACAACCUAUGGCAAGUCUCCAGAGUGGAAGGGUGCACAAGAGAUGGUUGGGGCAAGCGAUGACCUUAACAGACAGUUAUCUGUGGCAAAACCCGACUGGAAGGAUCAGGACCUCGGGCUCAAUCAAGUUGCUUUCGAUGAAACAACCAUGCCAGUCCCAGUCUGUUCCUGCACCGGAGUCUUGAGACCUUGCUACAAAUGGGGAAAUGGAGGUUGGCAAUCUUCAUGUUGCACAACCAAUUUGUCGAUGUAUCCUCUACCAGCUGUUCCCAACAAACGACAUGCUCGAAUUGGUGGUAGAAAAAUGAGUGGAAGUGCAUUCACCAAGCUGCUUAGUCGUCUGGCAGCCGAAGGCCAUGAUCUAUCAAAUCCAGUUGAUCUUAAGAACAACUGGGCAAAGCAUGGGACGAAUCGCUACAUCACCAUCAAAUAAUGCUGCUUCCAAAGUCUUCUAUCUAGGACGGUAUACCUCAACAUCGUUUACAUAUUAUGUUUUCCGUUCAUCAACUUCCUUUAGCCCCUAUGUAAGUUUGUCAUCGUUCUAAAAUGUUAGCUGGAUUCGAAGUUGGAUCAACGAGAGAUAACUGUAAAGAAGCCUGUAUUCAGGAUACUUUGCAACAACGUUGAUGUUAAAUGUAUUGAAUAUCUAGUAUGAUGGCUCUGUUCAUAGUUAUUAGCUUCUUUUAUUAGUUUCAAGAUUAUCAAUGGUUGAAAAUCAUAAUCUGGAGAA